AUGAUGUUGGCCGCCGUGAAGAGGAGACAUAUUCUCGACGCGGAAGACCUCGUUGUCGCCCAUGGUCUCGGCAUUGCUGAGAAGCUUCUUGCAAUCCUCGAGGAAGGGGCGUUUGUUGACAUCGCGAGGGGGGCCAGUGUAGCCAAUGUUCUCGCAGAGAUCCUUGCCCACACCGAGGGGGUUGCCCUUGUGGUUGGUGGUGGUCCCGAUCUUACCCAGGGCGGCAAUCGCCGGAGUGGCAGCAACGAAGAGAACAAGGAGUUUCAUGAGAGGAGCCAUGACGAUGGGAGAGUGUUGAGGGGAUAUGUUGAUGACUGA